GCUAAUGUAGUUAAAUUAGCUUUGCUACCUUUAGCGACGCUACUCAGCUUAUUUUUGCGAAAAUGCCCCGCUGAGUAAAUGAUUUGUUAUUUGCAGCAGUUGAUCUCCAGAGCAGCAGAUGGCAGGAGUCUCGAGAUCUCAGUGACUGCAGAGCAGAGAGGGAGAGCACAAACACAAACAGCGGAAUCACUCCGAGAGGAGUGAAAACACUGACAUCUGUGCGUCUGUACACUUCAACGUCUGUUGUAUCAGGCUGGAGCUCGUGUGGGCUUCUUCUCAUGGGUGCAUCUGUGUGCCGGUACGGCCGCUCGCUCCUGCCUGUCCCGGGUCACAGCAGGGCCGAGGGCCACAAGGGGGAUCUGAUGGGUGGGGAUGACUCUCUGGACGGGCUGGACAGACAGGAGGACAUCGCCCAGUUCCCCUAUGUGGAGUUCACAGGCCGAGACAGCAUCACCUGCCCCACCUGCCAGGGGUCCGGACGCAUCCCAUCAGGUCAGCUGAAUGAGUUAGUUGCUCUGAUCCCCUACAGCGAUCAAAGGUUACAGCCACGGUGGACGAAGUCGUAUGUGGUGCUGUCAGUGGUUUUGUGUCUGCUGGCGUCCGUUCUGGUGGCGUUCUUCCUGUUUCCACGUCCCGUGCUGGUCGUUGACGACGGCAUUCGCUCGGUGACGGUCCACUUUGACCGUAACAACAGCAAAGUGCUCAUCAACAUGACGAGCUCCCUGAACUUCACCAACUCUAAUUUCUUCACGGUGUGGGUGGACAGUGUGAGCUGUCAGGUGCUCUACAUGAAGACUGUCAUUGGUUCUCGACCGCUGGACAAUGUCAUCCACAUUCAGCCGCUCAGCCAGAGACAGGUCAACUUCACUGUCAGUGUGGAGAUUGGAGGAAGCCUCUCUUAUGUUUAUGCCUUUUGCACCAUGGCAAGCAUCAAGGUCCACAACAUUGUGGUGUUCAUGCAGACCUCUGUGAAGACCUCCUACAUGGUGCGGACGGCCCAGAACACACUGGAGUCUUACCGCUACAUCGACUGCGGCGCCAACUCCACUAACCACCAGCCCUCGGGGAUGAUGUGGUCCAAACCUCACUUCCCUGAGGAUGGGAAACUGCUCAGAUGAAACAACUAGGAUCUCAAUGGCAGCGCGGUUUCAUCCAUUCGACUCCAAAUUCUGUGCUUUACUGAUACUGAACAGAGCAGCUACAGUAUGAUGAAAGAUAUUGCUGGAAUGAAUCCCUCAGUAUGAAACUUAAGCUCUCUGCUCAAGGUCAAUUCAAGAACUUCUCACCUGCUAUAGCAUAAAUCAAUGAUCUAUGAGGGGUGUUCUAUCAUUUUGCAGUGAUUGCUAAAAAGGGAGAUUUAAUUAUUGAAGGGAUUGUCAAUGCUGAGGUGCACUUUAAAGUACUUUUUGUUCUGUAAAAAAUGUUAUACUUUGCUUUGAUUAUGUCUUAUGCAGUUAUGCCAAAGAUUUCACGUGUUUACUGCUGAAGUCAUUUCUCUGACGGUUGUCGAACCGUGUAAAUUAACUUGAAUCGCUCUCAAAGAAUCAGAACAUGUCAUAGAUACAGCAAAAGCGCAUGUUCUCAAAGGAUUUGAUUUGUGUUCUUCAGAGGUUUCGUUCUGACUGCUGUGAUACUGAAGAUGAGGUGACUGUUACAAAAUUAUUAAGUGUGUCACUUUGCUUCUGUGAAGCCAUGAAAACUGAGAUUAUGGAAAUUAGAUGUUUAAUAGUGAUUAUAAAUCAAAAUAUAUAUUAAAAAAAAGUUAUUAUGCUGAAUGUUUUGCUCUUACUCAUGCAUUUGGGGUUUCACCAAGUUUUUAUCAACGAAUUCUGAAAAUGCUUAUAUUUAUGAAUCAUUGACGAUCAUAAGACUCAGAUUACUGCUUGUUUAGAUGUUUUAAGGGUGUUUGUUUCUUACUUGAAGUUGCACAUUUGGCUGAAUUAUUUCUAUUUUUUUAUAUAAAACAUCCUCAAUGCGCCUUGAGAUUUGAUUGUAUUUUCCUUUGUAUAAAAUGAGAAAAUAAGCUGAUAAUAAAAAGUUUGUUCUGAAUAGCA